UACACUUUAAAUAAUGAAUAAGAGGAGGCAUUGAAAGCAGUACUGGUGAGAAAAUGAUGGCUGAGGGUGAGGCGGCAGCAGAUGAGCAGAAUCCUCCUCCUAAGUUUGGGAUAGCGUCAGUAGACGGGAUGAGGAAAGCUAUGGAAGAUGCAGUGGCCGCUCAUCCUUCGUUUUAUAGGCGGAGGAGGAGGAGGAGCGAUGAUCAGAAGAAGAUCAAUCCUUCCGAUCUGCACUUUUUUGCAGUUUACGAUGGCCACGGCUGCUCGCAUGUUGCGAUGAAGUGCAGGGAUCGGUUACACGGAAUAGUGAAGGAGGAACUGGAAGGUGUGGAGGAGGAGGAGGUUAUAAUUUGGAAGGAAUUGAUGGAUCGGAGUUUCUCUCGCAUGGAUAGGGAGGCGAUGGUUCACGUCUCGAGUUCCAACUGUCGAUGCUAUGCGGUUGGAUCGACUGCUGUAGUGGCCUUAGUCAUGCCGGAGAAGAUCGUCGUCUCCAAUUGCGGCGACUCUCGAGCCGUACUCUGUAGGAACGCCGUCGCUAUUCCUCUAUCUUCCGAUCAUAAGCCUGAUCGUCCGGAUGAGCUGGAUCGGAUCGAGAAAGCAGGGGGCCGCGUUAUACACUGGGACGUAGCAAGAGUGCUUGGCGUUCUAGCUAUGUCUAGAGCAAUUGGAGAUGACUACCUGAAACCGUUCGUGAUAUCGGAGCCGGAGGUAUGUGUAAUAGAUAGAACGGAAGAGGAUGAGUUUCUGAUACUCGGAAGCGAUGGGCUAUGGGACGUAGUUUCCAAUGAGACCGCAUGCGCACUUGUAAGAAUGUGCUUGUUAUCAGCAGGAGGUCAUAAGACUUGUUCGCACGCUUCGAUUAUUCUGGCGAGGCUCGCACUGGCAAGGGACAGUUCCGAUAACAUCAGUGUUCUGGUCGUAGAUCUGAGGCCUCCCCGCAGAAGAGAAAUGUAAUUUUCUAAGGAGAGAUUUUACUUAAAGUUGUGUCAAUAAUUUUGCUAUUAUUAUCGAACUCUUACUGCAACACUUUUUACCACUAUUUCGACAAACCAACCACACAA